UUGUUCCUUGUUGCGAUAACAUAGACUGUGGGAGAUUUACGUUCACAUUGAAGAAUUUUUCAACACCAUCAAUGGCUCCAUCUUUCACCACUGUUAAACUUUUCUCUUCCUUUGCUAUGGCAGAAAUUUCAAACUGCUUCACCAUCAGACGUGGUUACACGGCUGUAUCAAAAGUUACAGAUUCCAUGAGUAACAGCAACAUGCGACCAAAGUCAGAGGAAGAGAAAGUGUCCAAUGAGAUCAAUUGGUGGAUUCCAGAUCCUCUGACUGGUUUCUACAAACCCCUUAACUUCAAUGAUAUUGACGCUGCUGAAUUGCGUGCUAAGCUUUUGCCAAAAAAGUCCAACAAACCAUCUUCCUAAUCUCUAAAUUUUUUAUGUUUUUCUUUUUCUUCUAUGUAGAUUUUCAGUUCGAUCAAGUGUUUUUUUAGUUUUAGUUUUAGAAAUAAUCAUC